AAUGCCUGAUAAAUCUGGAACAUUGGCAACUCUGCUUCUGUCAACAGAUACAAUCUGGUAAUGAUUUCAUAAAAUUGCUGCAAGGUUUGCUUCAAAUUUCGAAGUUUCCUGCAUAUUGGUCGAAUAAUUUGGUUAGUAAGUUGAAGCCAUUCAAGAUGAUCAUUCCUGUACGCUGUUUUACAUGCGGCAAAGUGAUAGGAAACAAAUGGGAAGCUUAUUUGGGUUUACUACAGGCAGAAUAUACUGAAGGUGAUGCCCUGGAUGCACUUGGUUUGAAACGAUACUGCUGCCGUAGAAUGUUGCUAGGACAUGUCGAUUUGAUUGAAAAGUUGCUCAAUUAUGCGCCACUUGAGAAGUAAAUUAUCGAAUAUGUUAUUGAUUUUUAGGGUAAUAUUUACGAUAAGUUAAAUUCAAUGAUUAAUAAAAUAACAAAACAUUGAAGGCUGCGUCAAUGACAAAUUGCAA